AUGACUACUUUAAGUGAAAGUGAAAAGAUUUGGCAAAAGUAUAAAGAAAGAUUCAGAAAGACAGACUAUUCUCAAUUUAAAAAGAAGAAAUUCUAUGAACCUAUCAAUAUUGAUAAGGAAAAUGAAAUUAAAUCUGAGUUAACUAAAUAAAAAUAGUACGAAAGCUAAUUUCCAUAUUAUGAAGAACUUCCAAGAUUGAGCAGAAGAUAAUUGCUUCCUCGCAAAGGAAUUGCUAAAAUAGAACAUUUCGGAUAUUUUGGAAUAUUUCUUGGAGCUGCAUUUGGUAAACUUUUAGCAGAAGUGUAUUAUGGAAAUUUAGUAACAAGCUAUAAAAUCAUGAAAACAAGAUUUGUAAUGGGCAUGUUUUUUUCUACUUCUUUAAUGCUUAUUACUAGUUUUACAUUAGACUUUUAACCACAAAAUCUAGGAAUCAAUGAACUCUAACAUUUUGAUGAAGUUUCAAACAGAUAUUUCGACUUGUAAUUUGAUGCAUUUAAAGAUGUUAAUGAUAUAAAAUAUAAUGAUCAAAGAAUUGAAAAGAAAGAUUAUAAUGCCAUUUUGGAUAUUUUAGAAUAAAGAAAAUUAGAGUAUAAAAAGAAGUAGUUGUUUGAUCAGCUUUGA